AUGCCAAGAAAUACUGAUGGAAUGGAGUCAUCGCAUUUAAGUCGCUGCCUUGCUCGAGUUCGACAGAAGCCUAGGGCUCGUCAACAUAUGGCCCAUCUUGUUUCCCCUGAGGAUGAUGCAUUCAAUUCAACAGAAUUUUACGCCAGAAAAUUAAAUUCACAAAAAUCUGAAAUAAAGUGUUCUACCGAAGUAGAACUCAGAGAUCCAGAAUUAGCAGGGAAAAAGAUACCAUCUAAAUCACUUGUAGAAUUUCAAGUUAAUGGGGCUAACCGUUUGACAGGCUGGCAGAAUCUGACAGAAUGCGAAUGCUACUUAGAGAGAGAAAUACAAGGAAGAAAUGUAUUCAAGUUCAAAACCAAAAACCAAAAAGUAGGGAUUCUGGAAGCAACUUCUUUCCGGAGAAGUGUACUAAGUGUGGUUACCCGCCUGCGAGAACGGCGUAGACAUCCCCGUUAUCGCGUAUCUGGUCCAGAGAAAAUUGUGAUCAGCCCGCCUAAUAUAGAAAUAAAGAAAGAAGUGAAAUCUGUACAGCUAGAAAGUGAGCAAACAGCGAGAACAGAGUUUGACAGAGCAAUCGAGAUUUAUGAGCUAGAAAAGUACAGAACUAUUCCCAGGAUUCAUAUUGAAUUGGAGCAAGAAACAGGAGUGACAAAAGCGAACUUCUCUAUGAAAUAUGGGUAA